AUGAAAUAUUCAACCGUAACUCUCGCAAUUGCGAGCUUCCUACCGAUCACCUCGGUUCUUGCACAUGGGGAUGAGAGCCACUCAGCAAUCCAUAAACGAAAUGAGUUUAUCAGUCGUCGUUCCCUCGCUGCUUGCCGCGAUAAUGAGAACGCAAAGGCACUAUUCAAGCGAUCCUUUGAUCGUAGAAGUGCAUUGGUAAACCAAAUUCGUAAAGAGAGAGGUUUAUUAGGACGUUCUUUGGAGGAAUCGCAUAGAAUCGCGAAACGAGCUUUUGAAGAUGUUUCUAAGAUUGACCAUAACAGCACAUUUGCAGACGCAAGAUUCGAUACCGACUCUAGUGUACUAUUCUCGGGGAAUACAUCUUGUCUAUUAAUGCCAGAGGUUACGGAGGGGCCUUAUUUUGUUUCCGGAGAGUACGUUAGAACGGAUAUCACAGAUGGACAGGUCGGCGUACCGUUGUACUUGGACAUUCAAGUCAUCGACACCAACACUUGCGAACCGGUCUCAAGCGCCUAUUUUGACGCAUGGCAUACCAAUGCCACUGGUGUCUACUCUGGUGUCGUUGCGAAUGGUAACGGCGUUGGCGAAAAGGAUCCCACUAACUUAGACAAUACCUUUUGUCGAGGCGUCCAAUUUACCGACUCUGACGGUGUUAUCAAAUUCAAAACUAUCUUCCCCGGCCAUUACUCUGGCCGAACCACGCACAUUCAUAUCAUGUCCCAUAAGGGAGGCACCGUCCACGCCAACGGCACAUACUCUGGCCAUGGCCGCGUUACUCACGUCGGCCAGCUCUUCUUUGACGAAGAUCUUAAAAGUACAGUCAAAGAUUUGGCGCCGUACAACACAAAUACCCAAAGUGUGAUCUCCAACGAACGGGAUCGAAUUGCACACCAACAAGCAGAAAACGAUUAUGAUCCGUUUGUCAAGUAUGCUUACUUGGGGGAUUCGGUUGCCGAUGGCAUCCUAGCAUGGAUUACAGUUGGUAUCGACCAAAACGCCGAGAGCGAUCCAUAUGUCGCAACCGAAUUGACUGAGAAUGGCGGAGUCGUCGUUGGACAUCGUGGCGUUGUGGGAACUGGCGAGGAAGUUGACGAAGUUCCUAGCGGAGAGCCGGAAGAGCCUAGUGGGCCUACGGAGACAAGCUCAGCCCAAACUGGCAGUCCGACCACGGGAGCUUCGACAAGAGGUACUACAACCUUGCCUGCGGAUUCUACCACUUCGCCCGCGACCACUCCUGGUGAUGGUUCGCAGAUAGCACCAUCGAUGGCCUUUGUGGCGUUGUUGUUUAUUGGGAGUGCGCUUUGGAUUCUUUGA